CUGACUGAUGAUUUUCAUUUUCGACAUCAAGGCCACCCACGCCAUUGCAGUCAUCCAUAGAAUGAAUCGAUCAUUUCGGAGUGACCCAUUUUUUAAUCAAGCAACAGGCUUCCAAAUCGAACGUUUCCAUUUAGAUACUACCCAACACAACUCUCACGCAGACCGCAGCAUUCAGGGCAACUAAGCAGCAGAAGAAGCCAGCGAGAACUGGUGAGGAUCUGAGAUGGGUACCUCUGUAUUGGCCACCAUGUGUGCCGAGCGCCUGACCAAGCUCCUCGUCCGCUACUCCCGUGCUCAGCCUGCCGUGGGGCGGAAUCAGUCGCACUGCGUCGAUAAUGUGCUAAGUCCUUUGCCAAGGAGUGAAGCCACCACCGCCUUCCUGAAACCAAUGCACACUGCUGGCCAGGUCCAUCCCCAGCCGAAGCCCGCCAACAAGUGGCAGCCGAUGGGCAGCAUCACGAGCAUCGGACAGAGAUUCCAGCGGGAGGCCAUGGAUGAGAUUUGUGCCAGGGCCAAGGACCGCCUGCUGCCAAAGGCCGAACCGCGACGUUUGAACUUCUCCAGAAACCAAGCCUUCUUCCCCAACAAAUCGAGAGGCUUGGAAGAUUGGAAGCAUCCGGAAAGUGGGCGGUACUCAGCCCCAUUUGUCAGCCUAUUCCAGGCUCCGAACUGUCCUAGUUUACCGAAAAAUACGUUUGCCCAUCCUCUUUCCUUCGAUCGCCAAAAACUGUAUCGGGACUGCUAUUAACCGAACAUGGAUAGUCUUCGAUCCUGAUGCCAAACUCAUACGCAGCUCAAUUACUUGACGUGCAUUUUAGCGUUGUGAUUGGGUUGCACUUGCGAUUGGCACCAGGAGUCCGAGAUUCUCCACAAUUCGACGUAUUAAAGAUGUAAUGUGUAUAGUUAA